AUGCCCAAACAAGCGACCAUAACUGCACGCGAGCGGGAGCUUUACAGGUAUUUCCAGCCCGAAGAAACAAACAGCGCUUCAGAUGAAAAGAAAGCCGCCACCGAUCCAUGCUUGACGGCCUUUGCUCAACUCGGAGCCCUGCGGUUGAACACAAAGAGAGGAAUAAUCUCUCUCACCACCGGUACCAUCGAAUUCAUAAUCGCAGAGUCGGGCCAGGCGCUUUCGCUGCAGCGGGAAGAUGAUGCGGAUGAUAGACUAUGGCAUGGAGUGGGAGCUUUCAAGUGCCCUAGCAAUACGCACACAACAGUUGGAUCCGAAAACGUAAAUCAUUUCUGCCGUACCGGGGAUCAGUACCUGGUUGUCAACGACACCACGAAAGACGAUCGAUACAACAACAAAUGCAUUGUUACGCAGAAACCUUAUAUAAGGUUCAUGGCUGCUGUUCCUCUUAUAACCCGGCCUGAUUCGGACCAUCCUUCGAUGAUAAUAGGGAACUAUAUUGCUGUAGAUGAUAAACCGCGAGAGGCGGGGCUGACGGAGUCGGAAAUUCAGUUCAUGACCGACAUGGCGGUGACCGUGAUGGAUUACCUUGAAGCCGGGCUUAUUAAACGGAGGCAAUUUCGUGCAGAGAGGAUGAUCAAGGCGAUGAGCUUGUUUAUUGAGGGCAAGUCCACUUUGAGGGACUGGUGGCUGGACUAUGGCCAUAGGUUUCAAGAUUCCAUUGUCCACCAAAAACGAGCCAAGACUGUUGUUGACCUCAAGCACCUGGCUGACGCCGAAUUUGGAGUCCAGGAACCACCUGUGAAUUUGUCCAAAGGUUUACAUUACUGGCCAGGUCAUGAUGAUAUCCCGUCACAGACGCCCUCUUCCUCUGCUCCUUCUAGGGCCGACCAUGAUUUUGGAGAUGGGAGGCCAAUGCUACCAAGAGAAGAGAGCCAUACGACUGCCUCUGAUACUAAUGGUCAUACAACCUUGGUUUCUAAAUCCUGGAAGGAUCGGGAUAGCUCGGUGACCACUUUUGAUACCUUGACAGGACCGGCUACGGAGCACACCGAAAACCGACAUUCAGUUUCUUUUGAUCUGCCACCUCACCAGGUGUCGAAUGAUGUUUCUAAGGAGCUACAAGACGCUUUACUAUCAACUGAUUUAAAGCGGGUCUUCUCUCGAGCGAGUAAUUUAAUACGGGAAGCCAUUGGAGUCGAAGGAGUCGUCUUUUUUGAUGCUAGCGUGGGAUCUUUCGGGGGAAGUGCCGAUAAGAAUGUGAUGGAAGAGAAGGCACCAGGCGCCUUCCAAACCGACAAAUUGCAUACAAGUAGCGAAGAUGAGUCUGGGCGCAAACAAUCUGUCGAUCUUGACAUAAGUGCAGCAUCAGCAUCCGAUUCUGCCCAGCACACUGAAGCGACCGAAAAGUACUGCAGUGUUUUGGGCUUUAGCAGUCGAUACCGCUCGAGCCUUCUCGGACACCAAAUUCCUGAGGGAAAGGUGCAGCUCCCUGAAAGCAUGCUAAGGAGACUACUGAAGAGAUAUCCACACGGCAAGAUCUUUAAUUUCGAUGGAGACGGCGUAUAUUCCUCUGGUGACUCGGAUCAACAAUCCGGUAGGGACUCUGAGCCAAAUUCUACUCUGCAUCCUUCAUCCCAAGACACCAAAGCCCGUCGAAACCGACUAUCCAAAGAGGCUGAAGCAAAGGCCAUAUUGAAAGUUCUCCCCAACGCACGCAGUGUCUUUUGGUUCCCGCUUUGGGACAAUAGUAGAGAGCGUUGGUUUGCUGGAACUUUGGUAUCUUCAACCUCUCCCACCAGAUCCUUAUGCCCCUAUGAAGACUUGACCUACCUCGCUGCGUUUGGCAAUAGCGCAAUGGCAGAGGUAGCUCGCCUGUCAGCACAAGUCCUAGACAAGAUGAAGUCCGAUUUUAUAUCAAGCAUUUCUCACGAACUGCGGUCCCCGCUUCAUGGUGUUUUGGCCAGUGUGGAAUUUCUACAGGAGACUUCCAUGACUGAAGAUCAAGAGGAUAUGGUCAACAACAUUCAUGCUUCUGGGAAGGUGCUUUUAGAUACAAUCAACCACGUUCUUGACUUCUCCAAGGUCAAUAGGAAAGCGAAGAACAAAAGCAGAAUAACCAAAUUCGCUGGCAAGCGGAGAAAGAAGCAAUUCAAGGAGCAUGCAAUUGAUGAUGAUGCUGAGGAUACCGCAGAUAUGUGUGUGUUAUCUGAAGAAGUUAUUGAAAGCAUCCAUGCCGGCCACAGCAUCAGCAGGUCUGUGCUUGCCCCGUCAUCAAAACAUAAGCGUAAUUUCUCAAUCAAUUCGAACAACUUGCCUCUCACAAUCAUUACGGACAUCGCAUGGCAUCCAAAUUGGACAUUUGAAAUGGAUCCUGGUGCCUGGAGCAGGAUAUUGAUGAAUCUUUUCAGCAAUGCCAUGAAAUAUACCAAAUCUGGAUUCAUAAAAGUCUCACUGGAAGUAGAAAAGGAACCGCUUUCUCGGGGUAAGAGAGCACGACCUAUAUUAACAUUGAAAGUCAAGGAUUCUGGGAAGGGGAUCAGCAAAGAGUUCCUCAAGCACAGACUUUACAAGCCAUUUACGCAAGAGGAUUCUCUUGCUACUGGAGCAGGCCUUGGUCUCAGUAUUGUACGCCAUAUCAUCCAGGAUUUAGGUGGUUCCAUAGACUUUGUGAGUGAGCAAGGCUCGGGGACUGAGGCUACAGUUCGAAUACCCCUGACGGAAAUGAGCACGCCUACCAAGUCUGACGGUCCGAAUUAUGUUGCGGAAGCGAGAGUGGCAACAAAAGGACUUAGGUAUUCCUUGGAAAGUUUCGACAAGUAUCCUGAUAUCGCGGAGGAGCCAACCGGGAUACUGUCUGCUGAAGUUGAGGGUGCCAUGCUCCUCAAAUCAUCUGUCCAAACCUUGAUGAGUGAAUGGUUUGAUAUGGAACUCAGCACCACUGCCGCAGCGGAAACCAGUCCUGAUGUGGUCGUGAUCAUGGAAUCUGGAAUGGGAGAAAGAUCCGUGAAAGAUAUCUUGCAAUCUUACACCUGCGAUAGACCAACGAAGUCCGGCAAAUCAGUUGCAAUCGUCCUUUGUAGUACUUACCACCCAGGUCCAAAGAUGCAUUCGUGUGGGGCUUUCCAAAUAUUCUAUCAUCAGCAACCUGCAUUUGUUCAGCAUACUGGCCCCAUCCCAGAAUCGGAGCUUGAUGGUCACAAAGUCAGCCCACCUACAGCCGGGACAUCAUAUUUCCCUCCAACUCAUACUGCGAUUUUAACGCCUCACCCUACCGAAACCCCCAUUAACGGCUCAGCACCCGCGAAAGAACUCGAAUCUCAAUCAAUCCCCGAUGCCUCCACAAAACCCCUUGAUUCGGGAAAAGAGAACAUCCCGCCCACAACCGCCGUCCCCGUCGUCAUCCAGCCCAAAGACCUCCGCGUCCUCCUGGUGGAAGACAACGAGAUAAACCUUAAGCUCCUCAUAGCAACGAUGCGCAAACUGGGCAUAACGCACAGCACAGCGACCAACGGCCUCGAAGCACUCAACACGUACAAAAACAGUCGUGGCGCGUUCGACGUCAUCUUUAUGGACAUCUCCAUGCCCAUCAUGUCGGGCAUCGACUCUACCAGACACAUCCGACGCUUUGAACGCGAUGAGGGGCUGGAGCCAACGCGGUUAAUCGCGUUGACGGGCGCGGCGAAUCCGAAUACGAGGCAGGAAGCGUUUAGUAGUGGGGUGGAUCUGUUUUUGACGAAACCGGUGCCGAUGAGGGAGUUGAGGGGUAUGUUGGAGGAUCUUAGGAGGGAGGCUACGAGGAUUUUGGAGGAGACGGAUGUUUUGAAUGGGGAAGUGGAGGGGGUGAAAUGA